CUCUAUGCAUCUGGUGUUGCGGCCUAGUAUCUCUGGUUCCGGCGGUUGCGGGGCAGCCUGGUGGGUGCGACCGUGCGCCGGAUGCGGCGGAGGACCCCGAGCCAAGAUGGCGGCGGCGACAGCGCGCUGGAGGAGACACAUCAGCGAACAGCUGCGGCUCCGCGACCGGCUACAACGACAGGCCUUCGAGGACCUGGUCCAGGCGUACAAUAAACUUCUGGAGAAAUCCGACCUACAAACUGUCCUCGCCGGGAGGUUUCAGGGUGAGAAGUAUGAGUUUCACAACAGAUCCGACAUUAGUCCAUUAUCGGAUGGGGUACGGGAUGAGACGACGCGUGAAGUUGCCCAGAUGCGGAUCCGUCACCAGGAAGAGCUCACAGACCUCCACAAGAAGCGUGGUGAGCUUGCCCAGAAUGUCAUUGAACUUAACAUCCAACUACAACAAAAGGACAAAGAGAUCCAUGCCAAUGAAUCAAAGAUGGCUGACUAUGAGAAACAGAUACAGCAACUGAGUAAUGAGUGUCAGGAGCUGCGAAACAAGCUCCAGGAGCUGGAGCAAGCCAAUCAGACACUGAAGGAUGAAUAUGAUGCUCUCCAGAUUACCUUCACGGCCCUUGAAGAGAAGCUGCGGAAAACAUCCGAUGAAAACCGGGAGCUAAUCACACGCUGGAUGGCUGAGAAAGCACAGGAAGCUAAUCGACUAAAUGCAGAAAAUGAGAAGGAUACAUGGAGACGCCAUGCAAAGCUCAAAAAGGAUCUGGCUGAGGCUGCCAAAGAACUGUUGAAUAUUGAUCCUGAGGAUGAUAUAGAGGUGCUUGGUGAAGAAGGGCCUGACACCGCAGAAGAACCAUCAGCGGUGCGAGCUACGCACAGGACUCCCAGAAGGACUUCACAGGCAUCUGGACUCUUGGACUCUAUUGGUAAUAUCUUUGGAAAACGAUCACCCACGUUACAUGGGACUGUGAGUGAUGCCCGCGAUGUCUGUACUGGACCUUGUAAUCAGAUGCAAUUACCUACCACACCACUCCAUAUGUUUGACGCUCAUGAUGGAGAGGUGAAUGCAGUCCAAUUUAGCCCAAGAUCCCGAAUGGUGGUGACUGGUGGGACAGACAGAAAGGUUAAAAUGUGGGAUAUCACCUUGGGAAGAUGUGAACUGAAAGGCUCUCUCACUGGCAGUAAUGCUGGAAUUACCAGUCUUGAAUUUGACAGCACAGGAGCAUAUCUGCUUGCAGCCUCCAAUGACUUUGCUAGCAGAAUUUGGACGGUGGAUGAUUCGCGACUACGGCACACAUUAACAGGACACAGUGGGAAGGUGCUUUCCGCAAAGUUUCUUCUGGACAAUGCCCGUAUAGUCUCGGGCAGCCAUGAUCGGACUCUCAAACUCUGGGAUUUGAGCCGUAAAAUCUGCAUAAAAACGGUGUUUGCUGGCUCCAGCUGCAAUGAUAUUGUUUGCACUGACCAGUGUGUUAUGAGUGGGCACUUUGACAAGAAAAUUCGUUUCUGGGACAUCAGGACGGAAAGCAUUGUGCGAGAAUUGGAGCUACAGGGUCGUGUCACGGCGCUCGAUCUCAGCCCAGACCACACGGAACUGCUUACCUGCUCCAGAGAUGACAUAUUAAAGAUCAUUGAUCUACGUACAAAUGUGACAAAACAGUCUUUCAGUUCACCAGGAUUCAAGUGUGGAUCAGACUGGACAAGAAUAACGUUCAGCCCAGACGGAAGGUUCAUCGCUGCAGGGUCUUCAGAUGGAACUCUCUAUGUUUGGAGUGUCGAAUCUGGGAAGGUGGAAAGAUCUUUGGGAAAGCAUCACAGCUCCUCUGUAAACGCAGUAUCAUGGUCGCCAUCUGGGGAGCAUGUGAUCAGUGUGGACAAAGGAAGUCGUGUGGUACUUUGGUCAGGGAUUUGAGUGAAAACCACCAGAAGCUGGCCAAGUAGUGCCCUUGCACUCAACGCACCUUCUAGCUACACGGAGGAGAUUGCCCACGACAUGCUUGGAAUUGCAACACAGUAUGGCAGAGUGAGCCUCGUAGAACAUCCCUCUCGUAUAUCUGAGCUGCUGACAAGGCAUUUGGACAAUGGUGGGCUCUUCUGCAUUUACAAUCAUUCACAAGAAGCAUGCUCUCUGCCUGCUGGGGUAAAUCAUUUCAGGUGAUAUCUGCAGGGCUUUUUGCCAUACCAGCUGCUGUGAUUAACUUCAGGACACAAAGCCACUAUACUAGGCCUGGGUUUUCCACCUAAGGUGCCUGGCUGUCUUUGUGCCCUCUGCUUCCUUUUUGUUGCUACCAUAUCAAUCACAGGAUCUGUUGAUAUAUUGUGUCCAUCAUUUCCCUUCCCCAACCUGAGUAAAGAUACUGGUUUAAUUCUUCGGCAGACUCUGGAAUGGGAAGUGCUGAAAGUGAAAUGUAGUUACAGAUGGCUUGUGCUUUGUUGGUGAAAUAGUUUGAAGUGAAGAAUAGCUAUUGCAUUAUAUCGACAAGGAAAGGUGUUUGCUUGUACUGUGAGGGAGUUAUGCACCAUAUUCUAUAUUAUUGUGAGAAGCCUUCCCUGAAAGAGAAAUUUGGUUUCCUACUACUGAGGGCAGAUGUUAAUUUUCAAUUGUUUGUUCUUUAAAUGUGGAAUUACUGCCUUUGUAGCUUAAUUGCACUGAAAUGAUUGCUUGGCCCCAAUUACUCUCAGCUAGUGGUGGGUUGCUGCUGUGAAUCAUGUGAUUAUGCUCCCAUCGUGCUGGCGUCCAAGGGGAUAAACUUCCAAUUAUUAAUCUCCAUUAAGGGUUAAUCUGGCCACAUUUGCACGAUCAGCAGAACUGCACGGUUUCUCCUCAGUUUUAGCAAUCCACCUGUCAAGUCUUGCUAUUUACCCUCUUUACUCAUCAUGCACCCAACCUUCCAUAACUUAUCCUGAAUGUUUUCAAUGGUCACUUGUUCCUUGCAUUUUAUUUUCGACAACUUAGUUUUUAUGAUCAAGCUUGUUUGCAGACUUUAUUCAGAGGACCAGCAUCCAAACUUUGCACUUUAAAGUAUUUCUAGACCCAGUCAAGCAUUGUCCAGCUUCUUGUUCCAUGUAUCUCCUAUAGAGACACCAGGCCACCAUCUGUGUCAUGUGACAUGAUACAGUUGAAUCCCUAAGACUGGUUUCUAGUGUGUAGUCUCUAUCUGAUGAUUGAGAGAAGUGCUUGGGGAGUUAAAAUUGGCAUCAACUCUCCUGUGUUCGGUUUACAUUGAAGUAGCCAGACAUGCUGAAAAUGGCCAUUGUGACCCAUGUUGGAAAGUAUGUCUGUGUGUGUGUUGGGAAAUAUUGAAUGGAAGCAUCUACCUCGUGAUGCACAUCUUUCUCAACCCCCCCCCCCCCCCCCCCAACCACCACCACAUGCUCAUGCCGCAUAUUCUGUCAAUGCCAUCUAAGCACAUUUCUAGAUUGAGUAUUUGAUCAAGUCACCAGGAGGUGACGGGGGUCUACUCCCCAGUAGGCACUAAUAGUUUCAGAAGGCUGUAGGUUAAAUUUUCAGUAAAACCCUAACAAUCCACCAUCCAAGUGCUUGGAAACCUGGAUGGUUUGGCAUCUCGCUGGGAGUGAUGCCCACAGCUGCUUCAGCAUGCCAGGCCUUGGUGUCCAUGUUCAUUGAAUACACUGUGGUGCAGGUUCCAGUGCGUACUUCAACACUAAGUCCCGGGGUUCCAAUUGUCUCCUCAACAUACUGCGCCCUGGUCCCCGCACUCAUCCACAAAGCACUGGGACAGCUGGAAAACUUGAUAUAUUAAGUGCAACAUCUCUAAGAAAGUGAGUUAAAAGUACAUUUGAGUGUUAAUUAGAAUUCAAGUGUGCCUGAUUAUUGUGUUUGGACAGCAGUAUGCCAACUGCAUAUCAUUUCUACAUUGUCCACACAUAUAAUAUGAGCUAGAUACUGGACAAGAAAGUUCAGCAGCAUGCAUUUAUUAUUUCUUCAUAUGACUCCUAGUCUAAUCCAAGCUUAUAUUGAAAUACCUACCUUAUUCUAGUACCAGGUCUUGUAAUUUAAAGAGCCUUUGCCAAACUGAGGAGGAGCCAACCAUAUGUUAAAUUACCAAACAUCGUUUUCACUUUUAAAAAGCUUAUUGCAAUUACAUAUUGUGGUUUUAUAAAGUUGCUCAAUGAUGAGUGAAAAGAAAAUUGCACCAAUGCAGCAAAUCAAUUGGUAUGUGAGAAAAAUCGCAAAUGGAUUUGUUAUGAUAGAGGAUCUAUAGCGAGAAUGAUGCUGUAAAGGAGAUUGCAAUCUGUUGAGAAGGAACCGUCUGUUCAAAUUCAGUUCUGACCCUGUAAUGAGAGUGAGUCCUGUGAGCCCUGAAUGGAAAGAAACUCCCACUGUUCUCCUCAGGUGGCUGCAAGACCACUUCCAAUUAUGUGCACCAAAUUGACGGUCAGUCCAAAUAGUGAGGCAAGAAGUUCUUGGAGUCUCAAUUUGCUCAUAUCUAAUCUGCGCUUCACCUCAUCCGGGAGUAUUUGAUAGCAAAAUAUUUACUCUACAGGUUUACUCUGUAACCCAUGUAGCUGACGUGUUUGUUAACUUACAUUUAACCCAAGUUGCAUGUCAUUUUGGAAUGAUUUACGAGAAAAGGCAAAAAGGCCAUUUGUGGUACCUAAUAGAGGAAUGCUUAUUGCUGGGGCACUUUUACUCUGAAUCUGAUUCUUGCUGAGAGCACACAUGGCAAGAUCUAGCAUACAUUUCCGUCAGUCCAUACAUGUCCUAUCUCGGGCACCACCUGAGUGGUCCACCUGCACCACUAUAGGACUGUUUGUGUGUUCAGAUUGAUAAAGGCCAGUAGUUAAGCCACUGCUCUGUUCCUUGACUUUCUACGUAAAGCGAUGAAUCAAAAUAAAACCAUUAACAGUAUCUCCAUAUAUUGUUCUCAAGGAAUAUCUAACCUUUCAUCACUGUUCAUCGUUUAACUUCAGCAGUGCUGAAGAGUGUUUAGUCCUUGGGUGUUGCCCAUGUGUAAAAUUGCUCAUAUCAAAGCAUCUUGGAGUCCACUUGGUAGUUCCAUCAUUGCAUUCCAAACAAAAUUCACUUGUUGAAAGUAGCCCAGCGUGAUUUAAGAGUGGGGCUGGUAGACUGCGUUCUGGAGCUCAAGGCUUCAUACUCUUCCUUCACAGCUGCAGAUGCGAUGUUGUGAUAUUGAGCACCUGUAUUUGCUGUGGAAAGAGUUUCAUUUGGUGCUUUUCAUUGCUCUGAACCCAAGCCAUUUGGAAUUGGGAAGAGAGCGGUCUCCUGUCUUAGCUGAGUCUGCAGAUCUACACCAUACUUGGAGAAUAUAGUUCUACCAAAUGUGCUGCAAACGACCCCCACAUUAUGAGCAUUAGGUUAACCAAAAUUCAUCCUUGCAGAAUUCUCAAAUCACUAUCAAAAUAUUUGAGAUUCAGAAUAAAAUGUACUCUCACAGAUUUCAUGAGGGGGGGGGGGGGGGGGGGGGGAGCAGGGGGUAGUAAAUAUAUCAACACCUUUCCAGCACGUUUCUUGAUAUAUGAGGCAGAUGACGCAACUUUGUGUUAUGGAAAGCCUGAUUUCUAGAAAUACAAUCCCCCCACAUCUCCGUAAUGCAGGGGUCGACUAUUCAUAAAAUGUUGCACUGAUUGUAGAUGAAGUUGCAUAUCUGUUGUAUAGAGAGCAACAAUACCAGGAUCUGAUCUUUGGUCUGUGUGUGUGCAUCUAGUUAAGUGGCAUGUUCCAAUUACCUCAUUUGUAUCAAUGCUUUAAGAGUGCUCUCCAGAGUCUUAUUUGCACUUUAUAUUUUUGCUCUGAAGAGCACAGCAUAACAACAUAGUUGUUUGGCUGAGAUUUAGCUCGCUCGUGACUGAAUCCCAUGUAAUCCCACCAAUUUCCUCUGUAAAUCAUUACAAAUGUUUUUUUAAUAAAAUUUAAUUUUAAAUAAUG